AUGGCCGCAGGCAGUAAUCUAUCACUGCGCUUUUGCUCUAUGUUAAUGGCUUUCCAUUUUGCUCUAUCUGCAUCUUUUCAAUUAAACGAUCCAGAUUGGUAUUUUUGGUUUCCUCUAUAUGCCAUUGCUUGUGUUGUCAAUUUGGUCAACGGAGUGAAAACAGAGAAAAAAAGGAGAAAAAUGGCCAAAUUUGCAGUUUGGCUUGGGAUGUUCUUGUUCAUCAAGGUUAUAAUUGAAGAUUUCAUUGAUGGAAUAGCUGGAUUUUGGUCGUUCGAUGUGCGGGAGAGAGUUGUUAGAGAAAAAAUUGGAAGCGGAUUGGUUAUUGGCUCCAUGUUUAUGCAAUUGGAAUCAUCAACACACCCAACUCAUCCCAGCAGCAAUCAGCAAAGGACUCAAGUUGCAAAUCUAGGAAUGCCAAUUUUGGUGGGGAUUAGUCAUAGCCUUUCUCUGUUUUUCUUUGUAUUCCAACACGGAGAGAUUAAAUUUUGA